AUGGCUUCUACUGAACGACCUCUGGUAGCGGAUGAGCACGACAAACCAGAAACCACCACCAGUCUCACUCAACAUGGCUCUACCGAGAAUGAUCAAGCAAAGCCUGGAUCUGGCUAUCAAAGCGGGCUGCCGUUUUUUCUGGUCGUCUUCGCCUUGCUGUUGAGCAUGUUCUUGAUCGCCCUUGAUAUGACCAUCAUCGCAACUGCGAUCCCAAGUAUCACGGAUGAUUUCCAUUCGGCCCCAGAUGUCGGCUGGUACGCUGCUGCGUUCUUCAUCACCUUGGCCAUAUUCCAAUCAGCAUGGGGCAAAGCAUACAAGCACUUCAAUAUUAAGAUCACCUUCGUGGUAGCAGUCGUCCUGUUCGAGGUUGGCAGCUUGAUCUGCGGCGUUUCGCAAAACAGUCUUACGUUCAUCGUCGGCCGAGCCAUCGCUGGACUUGGUGGGGCUGGCGUUACUGGUGGCGUGUACACCGCCAUGGCCUACAUUGUGCAGCCUGCGCAAGUUCCAACAUACAUUGGCCUCAUCGGCGCCGUGUUUAGUGUCGCCAGCGUUGCUGGCCCCCCGCUUGGCGGUGCGCUCACUGGCGAGGUGAGCUGGCGAUGGGUAUUCUACAUCAAUCUGCCAAUAGGCGGCUUCGCCCUGUUGAUCAUCUUCAUCUACUUCCACUUGCCUGCCACAGUCAAGCCAGUACCUAUCGGCCGAAAAGAACUCAUCUUGGUCAUGGAUAUUCCCGGGAUUGUCCUCGGCAUGGGUGCGCUUGUCAGCUUCACGCUCGCUAUGCAAUGGGGUGGUACCCUGAAGCCUUGGUCUUCUCCAGACGUUAUAGGUACCCUCGUAGGCAGUGUUAUCAUGACUGUCCUCUUCGCCGUCUUGCAGUGGCGAGCGGGCGAGAACGCCUCCCUCGUUACGCGGAUUAUGACGCAGCGAACAGUCGCAGCACUGUCGGCAUUCAUCUUCUUGUUCGUAUCCCACCGCCAGGAUGUUCUUCUGAUCGCUGACGAAGUACCCGCAGUUAUCAACGACCUCUCCGCCACAGAAAGUGGUAUCAGAAACCUCGCACUCAUUCUCUCAACUUCAGCUUUCGUCCUCGCAAGUGGCUUCAUCCUCGGCCGGGUCGGCUACUACCACAUCUUUCUCAUCAGUGGUUCUGCUCUACUCACAGUCGGGGCCGGCCUCGUAUACACGCUCGACCUUGACUCCAAAGUCGCGGAAGUAGUGGGGUUCCAGAUUCUGGUUGGUAUGGGUAUCGGCUUAGCCAUCCAGGCUCCCGUCAUUGUCGCACAGGCCUUCUCGGCCCCUGAGGAUAUACCAGUAGUCACCUCGAUAGUCAUGUUCUUUCAGCUAGUGGCGGGAGCGAUAUGUGUAUCGGCCUCGCAGACACUUCUCAACAACCGACUGAUCUCAGCACUGGCAGACCUCGCUCCCAACAUUUCAUCCGAGCAAGUCUUCGCGGUCGGUGCGACGGAGAUCCGUGAUGCCUUUCAGGGGGCCGAUCUCGUCGCUGUGCUAAAGUCCUACAUGGUCGGUCUUAAAGAUUCUUGGCUCUUUGCGACUGUUUUGGCUGCGAUCACGUUUCUCUUGGCUUUUGCGGGAGAAUGGAAGAGCGUUAAGGGCGCAAAGCCUGCGGCUGUUGCAUGA